AUGCCCCUGCGUAGCGUUCAUACUCUUUGCAGCAGCUCCAGUGAAGACAUCAUUCCCAAAGGCAGAAAGCAUGCUGUGCCCAAAUUCAGUGGCACCUCACUGGAGCUGAGUGCAAUGCCUGACUUGGCAGUCGCGACGAAGGGCGGUGUGUCCCGAAAGGCGUCGAAACAGUCGCUGAUUAAAGUUACCAAGAAGCCACUUAAGAAGCGGAGAAAAUCUCGCAAGCAGACCUAUUCCAUUUACGUGUACAGGCGCAUCGCCUCCGAGGCGUCGCACCUCAUUCACUACAACAAGCGCCGCACCAUCUCGGCCCAGGAGAUCCAGAGCACCGUCCGCCUCAUGCUGUCAGGGGAAUUGGCCAAACACGCCGUCUCCGAAGGCACCAAAGCGGUCACCAAAUACACCAGCUCCGUUUAG